CUCUUCCAGCUGCAUCUUUCUUCCUUCUUUCUCCGGCUAAGGUUAAAGUGCUUUUUUAGAAACUUCUCUAGAAAAUGGCCAAGUUAGCAGAAGAGGAGCAUCCUAAACCCAAACAGCCCCACAUGGAUGCUGCCAUGAGAGUCUUACGUUACUUGAAAUCUUCCCCAGGCCAAGGCAUUUUCCUGUCGUUAACAAGCUCACUUCACCUCUCUGCCUUUUGUGACUCUGAUUGGGCUAGUUGCCCAAUGACAAGGAAAUCCACUACAUGCUACAUCACCAUGCUCGGCAACUCCCCAAUCUCUUGGAAAACUAAGAAACAAACUACUGUAUCAAGAUCCUCUGCUGAAGCUGAGUAUAAAGCAAUGGCAUCCACUGUUAGUGAACUACUAUGGCUAAAGGCACUGUUGCAAACCUUAGGAGUUCAUCCUCCUCAGCCGAUUAGACUAUAUUGUGACAACCAAGCCGCUCUACACAUUGCCACCAAUCCAGUCUUCCAUGAACGAACAAAGCACAUCGAACUUGACUGCCACUUCAUUCGUAAUUGGAUACAAGCUGGUGUUAUCUCACCUUCACAUGUCCGCUCUCGGUUCCAAAUUGCUGACAUCUUCACCAAAGCAUUGGGAAAAGAGCAAUUUCAGUUCCUUCUACGCAAGAAGAUGGUGGGUGGGAGUUGCAUAGGAGGGAUGAAGGAGACGCAAGAGAUGAUUGAUUUUGCUGCCAAACACAACAUUACUGCAGAUAUUGAAGUUAUACCAAUGGACUAUGUGAACACUGCUAUGGAACGCCUGUUGAAAGCAGAUGUUAAAUAUAGAUUCGUCAUCGACAUUGCCAACACAUUGAAAUCCAACCCUUAAAUUUCAAUGUCUGUUAGCUACCAUGAGCCAUUAGCCAACACCUUGAACUGAAGUACCUUUUAUUUUUUAUUUUCAGGCCAACCGGUGCUAUUUUGUUUCAGGAUAUGGAAAAUUCAGCGGGAGUUUGAUAUUUGCUUCUUUUUUUUUAAAUAAAAAAUGGCCAUCUCC